AUGAUAAACAGUGAUGGAAGUUAUGAGAGUGGUGACAUCCCCGUCAAUGAGUCAAGAAGGUCUCAUACUCCCAGUAUAAGCUCUCAAACAUAUGUGAUUCCUAUAAUUAACGAUGAUACAGACUAUUCAUCCUCUAUGAGACAAUCUGAUGAGGAUUCAUCUAGCAGUAAUACUUCUCAGAGUGAUGAUGAUGCAGUACGAUCUAUAUCACCGUUGGAUUCUCGAUCGUUUGGUGCUGUUGAUAGUGCAAUGUCUUCAGAGUUCAAUGAGGCUAGCACUGAUGAAUUCUUACAUGAAAACUUACCCCUGGCUAAUAAAUUAACUACUAUAGAUAAUGGGAAUGAUACACCGCCAGCAAUGAUUGAUAUCUCUAAAUACAUAUUUGAUUCUCUGUCUCAUGCAAUUGAAGAAACAGACUUUUCAGAAACGUUGGCAUUACAGACAAGAAUUUCAGGUACAAUAAAUUUUAAGAGUUUGGAAUUGAAGGAUUUAAUAGAUAAAACACAGGAAAAACUAUUACAUUUACGACAAAGGUAUGAAUCUGGUGUUGUAGUGUCUAAUAAAUUGAAAGAAAAUUUAGAUUAUUCAAGAAAGAAAAUUGAUGAAAUAAAUAGUAUGUUAGGUACAGAAUACCCAAUAGAAUUUAAUCAAGCAAGAGAUAAAGUUUUAGAGAGACAUUUUGAGGAGGAUUCAUAA